AUGUCACAAAUUUGCAUUUCAAAGCCGACCAACACCCACGCCAGCUGCAUCCAAACACGCACUCCGCUCGAGGAUUGGGACACUGGACACAGGAGCCAACAGCCAGGACACACACUCACCCACCGUUAUGAGGCGACCGCAAAAAUCCGGGAAAGGCAAUGGCCCACAUGCCAACAGUUCAUUAAUGAUCUAUGCAUUAAUGUGGCUCUCGUUGGCCAUGACAAUGGCGGCCCUAGAUGCCCCACUGCCUCUGUCCCUGUCGGAAUUCCCGCUCCUGCCUCUGGUACAUGGCAAACACCAUUACCAGGAAGCGGGUGUGGCAUCGUUGCCGGGAUUAACAGGAUAUACGCGAAAUUAUUAUGGCCACACUGACACUGCAAUGGCCGAUGACUUGGCAACAUAUGGAAAUUAUGCUCACAAGCUCCUGGCCACCAACACACACCAGCACCAUAGGCCACAUCCUGUCGCCUCCUCCCUGGGCACCACGGCCAAUGGCUUUGCGCCCUUCUACUACAACAGCAAACUGCAUUCGCACUCGCACUCGCACUCCCAAUUCAACGAGGAUGAGGAGCCGCGUCGCGACCCAUCGGCCAAUAUCGAUUUUGUCAUUAAUACGGCAAAUUAUGAGCCAAAUUCCGCUGGCUAUGAGGAGGAGUCGCAUCACAGGGAGCCCCAUCACUACCAAAGCUAUGCAUAUCGGCCGCGGGUGGCCUUUCCCACGUCGCCCCCCAGUCAUUACCAUUUCGAACAAAUUUCCAAUUAUCGGGAAAACAGGGAGAACCGGCAGCAGCAGGAGGAGCAGCACGACGAUAGUUCCAGUGUCUAUGCGCGGCUCAAAGAGCUUCAAACACUGGCUAACCCAGUGAAGCGUCAGCAGGAGGCCUCCUUAUCGAGCCACCAUCAAAACCAGGAGCUGUCGGGCAGACACCAUGGGCAACACCAGCAGCCACAUCAACAACACCAGCAAUACCAGCAGCAACACCAGCAAUACCAGCAGCAACAUCAGCAAUACCAGCAGCAACAUCAGAACGAGAAGCAGCCACAUCUGCACCAAUCUCUUCCAGAUCACAGACAACACCAGCGUGUGGGUGUUGCCCAGGAUCAGCAGCUGUUGUACUCCCACAGGGAUGGCCAAGUGGCAGAUCUGCCGGCCAUAACCACCAGUGUUCGCCAUUCCCCAGAGAGCAGUAAGGCCAUAGCUGGAUUGCCGCUGGCCAAGCACAUCGAGAUCACCAAGAAUGUGCCGAUCACCCACUACCAGAAGCAGCAUGUUCCCUAUAAGCAGACCGUUCAUGUGCAAGUUCCCCGCACCGUGAUUGCAACUAUACCCAAACCGAUGCCCAUCAAGAUUCCAGUGGCCAAUACGGUGGCAGUGCCCCAGAUGCAGGAGGUGACGAUUCCCAUCGAGCGGGUGAAGCCAGUGCCCGUGGAGCGACCCAUUCCCUUUGUGGUGGAGCGCAGGGUACCCUAUCGAGUGGAGAAGCCGGUGGUCCAGCCAGUCUACUAUCCGUAUCCGGUUAAAGUGCCAGUGGUGCGCACGGUGGUGCACAAACAGAGACCCCACUACGUGGCACCCGGUUGGAGUGCCACCGGCAAUCAGCUGCUGGGCUGAAAGUUCACCAGCUCCCUUUUCAGCACUCUACUAUGUAUGCAUAUAAUGUUAAGUCCUAAAUAAUAAAUUCUUAA